AUGGCACAUCUUGAAAAACAUGGUAUUACCAUGUGUAUGGCCUUAAUCCAAGACCUGCUGAAGGAAAUACAGGAACUCAAAGAGUCCAGAGACGAUCUGAGACUGGAAGUUGAUGGUCUGAACGAUCAGCUCAGCCAGCUGAACAUGAAUGAGUUGGCAGACCGUAUCUUGGCUAUGGAGCAGUACUGCCACCAAGUGGAAGAUUUGGACAACACUACGAAAGAGCUGAAGGACAAGAUGGCCCAGUACCCUGCUCCAGAGGAGCUCACGCAGUGUGUCACAUGGGAAGUGAUGCAGGCUGCGCUCAUCAGCGAGAGGCAGAAGAUUCAGGAGGGGUUGCAGGACACUCUCUCCGCCGCUAAAAACAUUGCACCCGUUCACCCUUUGAACCUGGAUCUCUCUCGGCGGGUUUCUCCUCCCCAGCAGUCCCUGUCUGACGGGGCUCUGUGCACUGUGACGGGCCGCCGACUGUCCCGGGUCAGCAUUGGGGCUGAGUGCUACCCGGAGACCGUAGAGGCUCUGAUGGAGGUGGGCGGACUGAGAGACAGGCACGAGAGUCUGGAGGCCCGCGUGGGGCAGCUGGAGGCGAACAAGGCUGAUCAGACCCAGCUUCAACAUCUGCGUGAUCUUCUCAAUGCCAUGGAAGAGAGGCAGAUUCCUGACCAUGUGCCAGAGCAGCUGAAUCAUCUGAGGGCUCUUGUGGACAGUCUGCUAGCAGAUAAAGAGAAGAACACUAAUCUGGUGAGCGACUUAGAGGGAGCCAUACUGCAGCUGCAGUCCGAGUGUGAGAAACUCCACAGAACAUCCAACCGCCUGAUGGAGGAACACAGCAAGAAACAGACACACAUCGACCGUCUGUUCAAGAUAGUGGAGGAACUGGAUGAAAAGAAAGCUGACAAGCAAGUGGUGGAAAUGGAGAUUGAAAUCAAAGCAGACAAGCGGGCUCUGGAGAGCAAGGUGAGCCGCAUGCAGUUCGACAGCAUGGCAGAGCAGCUCAAUAACAUGAUACAGGAUCUGCUGAGGAAGAUCAGCGGUCAGGAGCAGGACUGGAACAAGGUGAUCGAGAAGAUCUCCACUGAGAUGGACUGCAAGCCGAAAAGAGCUGAAUUCAUGACACAAAGCAUGCUGGGAAUGCGUUUGCCAAGCAUUUGCAUCAUUGUACAAUUAGUGGCCCGGUUUCACUGCAUCUCCUGUGAUCGUCCCGUGGAUAUGAUGACACCAGGACAGAACUUGGUGACUCUGCCCUCUGCCCCAGGACUGCCCUCUCACAAGUCCAGCCGGCCCUACACUGUGUAUGAGCUGGAGCAGGUGCGACAGCACUGCAGGAGUGAGAGGAUCCCAGAAAUGGCCGAUUACUGUUACCUGUCCCGUAACUGUGGGGGCAGCCACACCCUCACCUACCCCAGCCGCCGCUACACCCGCCUUCAGCACAUCACCCAUCUGAUCCAGAGCGAAGAGGAGAGUCGGCCCGUGUCCACUGGACCACCCACACAGGCAGCAGAGGUGGACAUCUUAGGUUUGGAUGGACAGGUCUACAAGGGCCGAAUGAGCAGCAGAGCAGUGAGACUCUCCGAGACCAGAUUUCCCACCAUCUCUCCUCGAGAAGGCAACUGGAAGAGCAAAGACAAGGUCAGCCGUUCACAGUCCCAGAGGUCCAGUGGAGUGGACGCUGGCCGUGGGAGUCCUGCAAGGCCACAGAGUGCCAAGACUCACCGCAGCCACUCAGCGUCCAGCACCUCGAUGAAAGAUCGGCCCCUGUCUUCUAUGGACUGUCUGUCCCAGGACGUCCCACUUCAGACCUCACUCCAUGACAGCACCACAGAGCCGAAAGAAGCACUGGAGCGCCACAAAGAGCUCAACCAAUCAGAAGAUGAGCCGGUGACAUCACUCUAGAGAUCCUCCAAUAGGAGCCGCUCCAUUGUCUGAAUGAAAUGUUUACAGCAGUGCGCGACACAAGCUAUAUUGGUGAAACAGAAGGUUCCUCUGUAACAUUGAGAAUAUCUAUAUAAGAUUUAAUAAAUGUUUUUUGCAUAAGCGUCAGUCAUAUUAAAUAUGCAAAACAUUGUUUGUCAUCCAAUGUGAGUAUUAAUUCGCUUUUACAUUCUAAACUCUCUCGCAGUGUUGAUCUGAUGAAUUUGACCCAGUACUUGUUGGUGAACAUUUUUUCAAUCAGUUCAAACCAGUACAAAGUAUCUGGUAUAGAUUCAUGUCUGUUUCACCUCAAAUCUACCUCUUACAACAUACAGCUACUGCUUUAAUAAACAGCAAUUAAAUAUCUGUCAGAUUUAUUAUUCAGUUGAAGUAUUAAUGGUGAUAAUC